AUGGUAGAAGGAAGUUUCGCCAGCGCGGGAGUCACAAUUGACAAUACGAAAUUCGGGUAUGUUGKUGGAGCAUUACCGCCAAAAUAUGCAGUUGAAGUCAAUGACAUAAUUAUGACGCCGCCCUCGGACAGUAAGUACACUAAAAUUAAACAGGAAUUAAUAAGACGUCUUAGUGCCUCCCAAGCGGAAAAAACACGCCAACUUUUGGAACGCGUUGAGAUUGGAGACCAUAAACCGUCACAAUUUUUACGCCWCCUCCAAAGCCUAGCUGACUCUUCCGUUCCGGAAACAUUAUUGAAGACACUCUGGAUGGGUCGCUUACCGAUAAGUAUACAAGUAGCGUUAGCAAUAGUUAAAGACAGCAAGCUUGAAGAUCUCGCUGUCCAUGCAGACAACAUCGCUGAUGCAUCGGGUCCUUUUCUACCUCAAAUAGCAGAGACUUCAAGAAGUGAUACUUUURAAGCCAUGUYGAAUCUUAAGAUCUCUCAACUUAGCUUAAGUAUYAAUCAAGAAAUCGCGACCUUGAGAAGUGAAGUAGCGGCGAUAAAUACUCGUCCCUCGCGUAAUCCGAACUCAAAACAAAGUACUUACAGUUUGAGAUCUCGAUCUYKAAACCAUACUUUUCAKGKCGUAGAUGGAUUAUGCUGGUAUCAUUGGCGUUAUGGAUCAUAA